UACCGCUCCCAGAAUGCUUUGCCAGCCCUCUUCCUGCGCGGCCUGAGGUAAUCUCUGAAAAUGGUCCGCUACUCACUUGACCCGGAAAACCCCACAAAAUCAUGCAAGGCCCGGGGGUCCAACCUGCGAGUGCACUUUAAGAACACUCGGGAGACUGCUCAAGCUAUUAAGGGCAUGCACAUCCGCAAGGCCACCAAAUACUUAAAAGAUGUCACUCUGAAGAAGCAGUGCGUUCCCUUCCGUCGUUACAAUGGAGGUGUUGGCCGUUGUGCCCAGGCCAAGCAGUGGGACUGGACACAGGGACGUUGGCCCAAGAAAAGCGCAGAAUUCCUCCUGCACAUGUUAAAGAACGCAGAGAGCAAUGCAGAACUGAAGGGUUUGGAUGUUGAUUCUCUGGUCAUCGAGCACAUUCAGGUGAACAAGGCCCCCAAGAUGCGCAGGCGAACCUACCGCGCUCACGGUCGCAUCAACCCUUACAUGAGCUCCCCCUGCCACAUUGAGAUGAUUCUGACCGAAAAGGAGCAGAUCGUCCCCAAACCAGAGGAGGAAGUUGCUCAAAAGAAAAAGAUCUCUCAAAAGAAGCUGAAGAAGCAGAAACUCAUGGCUCGGGAGUAAAAGUGAAAUGUACAGAAAUAAAUUGCGCCCUUCUAAA